AUGACACAUCUUCAUCAUAUCCGUAAACGACCAGAUGUAUUUGUCUUAGCCGAUGGAGUUGCCCAUUUUCAAGUAUUUGGACUCAUUCAUCUAUUAAUUCGAUUUUCUAAUUCUAUAAUAAAAAUUGAAGUUCAUAUUGCACAAAAUCUAUAUACGGAUAUGAUCCUUGAUACAGACUAUAUUAAUAUGUACAAUCUCAAUAUUGAAAUUAAACAACAAAUUGUUUCUAUCAAAUAUAAAAAUCAUAUUUAUACAAUGUCCAUUGAUAAAGACUUCGAAUCAAUUAAAAUUCCUGUUACUUCUUCUUAA